UGUUUAAUAUUCCCUUUAAAUAUCAACACAAUCGAGACCAUUUACACAAAGCAGUUGGGCAGACAACCACAAAGGCAGUAGUCAAAUAUAGAGGGACAAGUUAUGAGGACUAUUGCAUUUAGCUCGAUGCCAUACUCAGUGAAGACGUCUUGUAUGAGAUACUUGACCUGAAUCUGCUGCACAAUUCCGUAGUCAUGAUCCAUCUGCAAACGGGUCUCCGAUGUUUAAGCAAAGAAAAGUAGAUUCUGUUCUUAGAACAAUGAACAAGCUAGGUAAGAAAGCUGAUAAUUUUGCAAACGGAGUUAGAGAACAUGUGAGACUGGCGCCAAAGAUCACUGAAACUGUGAAGGGGAAGUUGAGUUUGGGUGCAAAAAUUCUGCAAUUAGGUGGAGUGGAGAAAAUAUUCAAGCAGCUCUUUAGUGUGAGAGAAGGAGAGAAAUUGUUGAAGGCUUCUCAAUGCUAUUUGUCAACUACUGCAGGCCCGAUAGCAGGCCUCCUCUUUAUCUCCACAGAUAAGGUAGCAUUUUGCAGUGAGAGAUCACUGAAAUUCUAUUCUAAGAAUGGAGAAAUUGUUAGAGUUCAUUACAAGGUUUUGAUUCCACUUGAGAAAAUAAAGAGAGUACACCAAAGCUUAAAUAUGAAGAAGCCAUCACAAAAGUACAUGGAAAUAUGCACUGUGGACGAUUUUGACUUCUGGUUCAUGGGUUUCUUAAACUAUGAGAAGGCUUUCAAAAACCUUAAGCAGGCUAUCUCCCAGAACAUGGAUGAUGUAAAAGUCACUUACUUGUUGACUUAGAAAUCUUUAUUCUUGUUUGAUCCAAUAUCAGAUUAUGUAAAUUAAUUAAUGAAGUGAGGAAAUGUCAAUACGGAAUUAAUUGUGUAAUAUUUUUGUAAUGAAAAUAAGAUUUUCAUUUCAGCUGCCAAUGCAUUAUUUAUGUUGGCU